AUGUCAAGCUCACGAAAACCCCCUGUUGUUCGUGGAUCGGGAACUUCUGUUUCUGAUCGUCGCACGCGAGCCACAUCAAGAUCGCGAUCCACAUCACCAGCCUCAACACGUGAUCGUCAAUUAAAGCAACAACAGCUUCCGAAGCCCACUUGGGAUGAUAUCAUCCAAAGCUCUGGGUAUGAUCCUCUGGCAACUUUACAACGACGUCUUGAUGCACAAGAAGUAGAAAUGGCCAACCGUUUCAAACUCCAAAACGAUCAACUCAUCCAUUUCAACUCACGUCUUGAAGCCUUGCUUCAGGAAAACGAGACUCUACGCCAAGAACUCAAGGAUGCACAUGGCGAAAUUGAAGAGUUAAAGAAACAAGACGCAGCUCUUACAGCCCAACAACAACAACAAGCAUCAAAGCCCACACCACCAAAAACCACAACAACAGCAUCCGAUCCCGAUUCAAUGCAAGUGGAAGGAUCUUUAUUAGGACAAGGCCCUGAUGGCACUCACGCCUCCAAAUAUGCCCAUGAUUUUGUACCUCCUAAGCCUACCACUUUUGCUCAAGUUGCCAAAUCAAAGCUAAAGGGUCCACCCAUCCCAAGUCGAUCCAAGUCGAGAACGCGCUCCACAGCUGGCAAGAAAUCCAAUGAUACCCCAAUCUCGGCGGCCACCAUUGAAUGGGCGAAACGUGGCUUCAAAGACUCCAAGGAUGAACCAACAGGAUACACCUUUGUAUACCUCAAGAACCAAAAGAGAACAAAGCAUAGCGAAGUGCGUAGACGACUACGUAUCAUUGGUGUACCCCAGGCCAGAGUGGUAGAUAUCCAAUUUCCAAGUAAGGGGGUGGUGGGACUAUUGAUUCACUCAUCCUUCGAAUCCAUUCUUGUAGAGCUACUUACAAAAGCAGAGAUUGCCAUCAUCAACAACUUCGAUCCCACAGCAGAAACAGUCAUCAACGAUCCGGCUUUGGAAGACUUACCAGACUCAGAGAAAAAGAUCCAUGCCACAGAGGUGUACCAGCAGCGAAUGCUACGUAUGUGCCUUCACCUACCACAAGCCCACCUAGGUCACAGCAUCCUCAAGUUCUUCCACACGCAAUCUGGCCCCCAUCACAUUAGCAAGACCAACCUGGAUAUCUUCACCAAGAGAAAACCAGCACCAAAGAUUCAAAGGAAACCACGCAAUGAGGAUGAUGAGGAGCUCUUCGUGAAGGUCACACCGCCUCAACACAAAAACCAAGAGAACCAAGACAACGAUGACCAACCUAUGGAAGUUUAA